UAACCUUGUCUUACUCUUUUCAGACCAACUAUGAGGAGCCUCGCCAUUUUGUUGAUCUUUUGCGGAUUCACAUCCUUCGUUGUUUUCAAAGAUGCACAAGGCCUUGUUGAGACAAAGUCAUCCUCAUUUCACCAUAUUAAGCGGGCAAGCAUGGACAGCCAUUGGGAGGCAAUGAUUCCACGGGAUGCUAGACCGCCGACCGAAUGUGAAAAAGAGCGUAAAAAGGCUCAACAACAACACCGUAUAGGAAACUACAUCCCACAAUGCACCGCAGAUGGUAGUUUUGUGCCGGUGCAGUGUAAUGGAUCCACUGGGUACUGCUGGUGUGUGGAUCAGGACGGAAACGUAUUCCCUGGAACAAUGACUCCACCAGGACAUGGAAAGCCACCAUGCGUGAAUUGACUGAGAGGCCUAAAGAUCGUUGUGGAAAGGCAGCCUGAGAAGCCAGAAGAAACAGCCACUAAAAAUGAUUUUCUGUUAGUUCUUAGUUUAAUGUAACGUUACAUAACGAACUUAGUGAGGCUGCAUGAAAUUGAAAUAAACUGCAAAAGUCAAA